CUAAACCCUUGUUUUGAAUAUCUAAUCCAAUUUAAGAACCGUGAGGUUAAAAUCUACUCAUGGUAGCCGAGGAACAUUUUAAGGACUAAUAAAAGAGCAUUUAAGAACCGUGAGGUUAAAAUCUACUCAUGGGGGUCCUGUUUUCAUACGGCUAGGAAGGGCGUUGACUCAGAUUGAUGUUCAUCUAAUCUCACAUGACCAGGAUUUCCCUAAGUAAUUCUACAGAUUUCGGGCCUCAUAAUUAAUCGAAAGAGCAGAAGGCUCCUAACAUCAAAUUUAUCUUAAUUUGAGAGAUGUUGGGGAGCGUGGAAGGGAAGCUGUGGGCCCUGGCUAUUAUUGAUUUGUAACUAGUCUACAGUUGGAUCAUGCAAGCACUACUUGGAAUAAAACAGUCAAUGAUCUUCAUCUCUACAAUUUCUUAGUCAUUUGCUGAUAAUAUGCUCUGCAUUAUUUACUGAGCAAAAGGUGUCAGAAACCUUAAUCUAGAGUUAAGUUUUACAAUUUCCUGAAGCAGUUGCAUUGGUUACCUUCUUGCUAUGGCCAUUAGAAAUUGCCUGCACACGUUGAUGGGUCAAUGUACACUAUUAAACAAGAAGUUCCUGCAAUUUUCUAGAUGCAUUGCUGUCAUAGGAAGCAAUUGGUAAUCAAUAUCUAGUUCCAGAACUGUGAUCGGCAUUAUAUGAUUAAAUCUGCUCAGAAAUUGUAGGUAUGUCUGGUUUGAUUGAGGGGCUUCCAGAUGCAGUGGCUCUUCAGUGUCUAGCUCGUGUGCCAUUCAUAUUGCAUCCACAACUCCAUCUGGUUUGCCAUGCUUGGCGUUCUGCAUUAAGUAGCCCUGAGCUUUUCAAGGUGCGUGAUGACAUAGGAGUCACAGAAGAGUUUCUCUGUGUGAGUGCGUUUGAGCCGGAAAAUAUAUGGCAAGUUUAUGAUCCUGUCUGUGAAAUGUGGAUGACUAUUCCUCCACUGCCAUCCGAAAUCAAGCACUUGACAAACUUUGGGGCGGUGUCUGUUGCUGGGAAGCUGUUUGUUCUGGGUGGAGGUAGCGAUGAUGUUAAUCCAGUGACAGGUGAUCAUGGAGGUAUUUUUGCAACUGAUGAGGUGUGGGCAUAUGAACCUGUGUGUAGAAAGUGGAUCAGACGAGCUCCAAUGUUAGUUGCUCGAGCAAUGUUUGCUUGUUGUGUACUUGAUAGGCGUAUUAUUGUUGCUGGUGGAUUUACUAAUUUAAGAAAAUCUAUUUCCAAUGCUGAGAUAUAUGAUCCUGACAAAGACGUGUGGGAACCAAUAGCUGAACUACAACAUACUCAUAAUUCUGCAUGCUCUGGUUUUGUAUAUGAAGGAAAACUACAUGUAUUGCAUAAGGGCUUGUCAAAGGUACAGAUAUUUGAGGGCUCUGAGCAGGGAUGGAUAGUGGAAGAUUAUGGUUGGCUGCCAGGGCCAAUGGCAAUUGUGAAAGGAGAGCUUUAUGUAGUCAGUAAUAGUAUGAUUAUUCGACAACAUAAGAAUCCAGAGUCGAGAAGAUAUAUUGCUUCUGCACCUUCUUGUGCGCGUAGGAUAGGGUUUGGAAUGAUAGGAAUGGGACAUGAUCUGUAUGUAAUUGGUGGAGUUAUUGGUCCUGGUCGAUCAAACCAUGUUAUAGAGUCACUUUCUGAUGUCGAUGUUUUACGUAUAAAAAAUGAGCGACAUGUGUGGCAUCAAGCAACACGUAUGAACCGAUGUCGCGGAACCAUAGUUGGAUGUACUAUAUUGAGAAUCUAGUUUGGGAAGGAGCUGGAAACUGUUGAGUGUCUUCAAGAUCUCAUGUCCACUGUAAUAUUGGAUUUGUGAGUGUGACUUUCAAGAUGUUUCAGAUAGUGAUUCAUUUUCAGUUUAUGAAGCACAAGAUGCAAUCUUGCCAUUCAUAUAGUGCUUGCAAAAUCUAGGUCAAUGGGAUUCACAUUUGAAAUUUCAAUGAAGUCUAAACAAACACAAAAGAUAUAUAACUGUUGAAGUUUCAGCUUUGUUAUUUUUGAAUGUUUAUACUUGGGUAUUCAAGAGGGAGAACAUUUAGGUUUGCCUUCUUCCAAAGGUUAAAGACUCACCUUAUAUC